AUGGGUUCUCACUCCAACUACACCCCAUGCAGCUUACCAUCUAUAUUACCCAUUAACAUCUUGCAAGACAUGGUCGAAUAUUUCCGCCACGAGCUGAAGACCGAACUGAAGAAGUAUUGCCCAAAGGCAGUGAUGUGGUGGAAAUUGACAGACACGGAGCCGCACGUCUGGUCCUCUACAUCGACCGAAGGAAGCUUCCUCCUGAACGAGGUCGUGUUUCAUUCAAUGGUGGCACCUCCAGUGAUCGACGCAACGUACCUAUCUGACUUCUAG